AGUCUGGAGAGUGAGGAGGCCAAGGUGUUCUAUAGUGUUGCCAUGGAGAUGGUUGACAUGGUGUUCGGGGUGACAACCAGUCCAGAGGUCUUCCAGAAAUAUGAAGUAAAGAACAACAGAGUGGUGCUGUUCAAGAAGUUUGACGAGGGCAGGGUAGACCUGUCUGUGUCUGAGGAGGAGAAGGUGGGUAAAGAGGAGCUGAUUGUCUUCAUCAGGACCAACAGUCUGGAGCUGGUCAUAGAGUUCAACGAGCAGAAUGCGGAUAAGAUCUUUGGUUCAAAGGUUCACACCCACACCCUCCUGUUCAUCAACUCUACAGUCCAGGAGCAGAAGAGCCUUCUGACUGAAUACAGCACCGUGGCCAGGGACUUCAAGGGCAAGGUAUUGUUCAUAAUUAUAGAUGUAACGGGACCAGUCAGUCACGUCCUGAAGUACUUCGGUCUUUCCGAGGCCGCCCGCUGUAUGCGCAUCAUCAACACCGACACCACCAAGAAGUUCGCUCUGAUUGGACAGAUAACGGCCACCACACUCCAAACCUUCUGUCAGGGAGUUCUGGACGGAACCGUGAAGUCUCACCUGCUGAGCGAGGAGGUACCAGAGGACUGGGAUAAAGGACCCGUUAAAGUUCUGGUCGGGAAGAACUUUGAGGCUGUCGCCCUCGACAACAACAAGAAUGUCUUCGUAGAGUUCUAUGCCCCAUGGUGCGGUCACUGUAAGGAGCUGGCUCCUGUCUGGGAGAAGCUGGCAGAGAAGUACGCUGACCGGGAUGACAUCAUCAUUGCUAAGAUGGACGCCACGACCAAUGAGGUGGAGGGAGUGUCUGUGUCUGGCUUCCCUACACUACGAUACUACCCUGCUGGAGAAGACAGCAAGGAGGUAGAGUACAGUGGGACCAGAGACUUGGAGACGUUUGCUAUGUUCCUGGACAAUGGAGGACAGCUUCCGAAGGUGGAAGAGGAGGAUGAGGAUAAUGAAGAUGAAGAGGAGGUCACUGAUGAGUCAUCGCCACCGCCAGCCAAUGAGACGUCUAAAGACGAGCUGUAAAGUCAGAGCACCGAACCGAUCAAGAGUAGUUUAUUGGUUUCUAUGGUUUCUCUUGGUUUAAUAAUAAAAGUGAUUUGAUUCUGAA